GUAAGAAUAAUGUCGCAACUAGCGGAGACGAAUUUUAUUUUACUAUUACUAUAAUUGUUUUAUUAUAGUUCUUCAAUAUAUUAUCCAGGUCAAUUUAUUUUAUGAAAUUACAAUGUUAUUUAUCAAACAUAUGCCCACUGUGAUAUUAUAUUACAAUUAUAUGCCAUUAUAAUAAUCAUCUUAAUACACCAUCAUUAUAAUAUUUAAAAAUGUACGUUUGGUGCGUCCAUUUUUUUCAUUGAUUAACAAAUUGUUAUUUUAUGAACACAGUGAUUUUAUGUGUCUCGCAAACAUACUUUUUAUUUAUUCAUCGAUAUUAGUCAUAUAGUUUUAUAUAUAAUAUUAUAUUAAUAUACUGAUUUAAAUAAAUUAUAUUAAAAAAUAUUAAUACUUAUAUAUAAAAAUAUAUAACCUACACAUUUUAUCUUUUAUAAAUGCGUGAGCAAAAUUGUAUAGUUUGUGCAUAAUACAUUUUCAAUUCAUAUACUAUAAACAUUACAAACACAAAUUUUCAAUUAACUGGAUACACGAGAUGUUAUAGAAAAUACGAUUCUCAAAUAAUUUUCAUCACAACAAGUAAGAAAAUGGAUUCUAAUUAUAAAUGUAAACGGCCAAAACAUCCAAGGGCCAAUGCAAACGUCUUUGAAAUCAUCACAUAUAGCUGGAUGUUGGACCUCUUCAAAAUAGUACUCAAAAGAGACAUAGAAAUAAAUGAUUUGUAUAUACCUUUGAAUGAACAUACGUCAUCGACAUUAGGAAAUGAUUUAGAAAAGAAAUGGAGACUAGAACUGACUGUUGCAAAUAAUGGAAAACGGAAGCCCAGUUUGUUGAAAGCAUUAUACAUGUUGUUUGGGACUAAAAUAAUGUUUCAGGGAUUGAUUCUCGCUACCAGUGAGAUUAUUUUUAAGAUGUUCCAACCUAUACUGAUUGGUAGACUACUAUUAUAUUUCAAUACCGAAGGGCAGAAAACGACCGAUGUAGAACAGGCAUACAUGUACGCUGCCUGCUUAACGAUAAGUACGUUGGUUUCAAUGGUAUUGUAUCAUGUGCCACAGGUAAAUAUGAUUCACUAUGGAAUGAAGAUGCGGAUUGCAUGUUGUUCAAUAAUAUUCAGAAAGGCUAUGCGAUUGAGUAACACAUCGCUAGGUGAAACAUCGGUCGGUCGAGUAGUUAAUUUAUUAUCAAACGACGUUAACCGGUUCGAUAAAGCGCUAUUCUUUCUGCACUUUUUGUGGAUUAGUCCCCUGCAGACAAUAGUGGUUUCAUACUUCUUAUGGCAAGAAAUAGGCGUAUCAUCAAUAUUCGGAGUUGCAACAUUAAUUAUGUUCAUUCCGUUACAAGUGUGGUUUGGAAAAAAAAUUUCCAUAUUAAGGUUAAAGACCGCCAUUAGAACUGAUGAAAGAGUGCAUUUAAUGAACCAAAUAAUUUCGGGCAUUCAAGUCAUCAAAAUGUAUACAUGGGAAAAACCAUUUGAAUAUUUAGUACAAUACGCAAGAAAAAUGGAAAUAAAACAGAUACGAGGAUCGUCAUACAUUACAGCAGUAUUCGUAUCUUUUAUGGUAUUUCAUUCGAGGGUUGCUUUGUUUUUUAGUAUACUAGCAUAUGUUGUAUUCGGAAACUAUAUUACCGCUCAAAAAGUAUUUGUCAUGGCAUCAUAUUUCAAUAUAUUGCGAGUGUCAUUGACGGUUUUUUUCCCUCAAGCCAUUGCACAAAUAGCUGAAUUAUUAAUGACUAUUAAAAGAAUUCAGACUUUUUUAUCAUACGAAGAAAAAAAUUGCAAAGUGGUAAAUCUUUCAAAAUCGGAGAACGUGACCACCAAUAAUGGUGUACAGAAACCUACAAUCAACUCUGCAUCGAUUACUACAAAUACUGACAGUGAAACGAUGCUAUCAAAUUAUUUGAGAAUAGAUAUUUCAAAUGCAACGGCUAAAUGGACUCAAAAUGAAACUGAAUACUGUUUACGGCAUAUCAAUCUAACUGUAAGCUCUGGUCAGUUAGUCGCAAUCAUUGGACCCGUAGGAGCUGGAAAAAGUUCAUUAAUGCAAGCGAUUCUACGAGAACUACCACUAUCCGAAGGAAAAAUUACAGUGAAUGGUGUAGUUUCUUAUGCAUCCCAAGAACCAUGGUUAUUUGUAGGUUCUGUCAAAAAAAAUAUAUUAUUUGGUUCUCCAAUGGACGAGCAUCGUUAUAAACAAGUGAUACAAGUAUGUGCGUUGAAAAGUGAUUUUCAACAGUUUCCAUAUGGCGAUGAAACAAUUGUGGGAGAAAGAGGAGUAACCCUCAGUGGUGGGCAAAGAGCAAGAAUCAAUUUAGCUAGAGCCGUUUAUAAACAAGCGGAUAUUUAUUUAUUGGACGAUCCUCUUUCAGCUGUCGACACACAUGUUGGCAGUCAUUUGUUUGAAAAAUGCAUUAAAGGUUUCCUCAAAGAUAAAACUUGUAUUCUUAUCACACAUCAAUUACAGUACUUGACGAGUGUAGAAAAAAUUGUUCUCAUUGAAAAUGCAAAUAUUAAAUCAGAAAGCACAUAUGAAGAACUUCAAACGUCUAAUUUAGAAUUCGCGAAAUUACUUCAUUCUUCAUUGGAGAUGAUAUCUAAGACUCAUAAUACAUUGAAUGUAGAAAAUAAAAGCGAACUACAGUUAAUUGUUGAUCGUCAAGUGUCUGAAACGAGUGUGAGGUCACCACCUGUCGAUGAAAGUAAAUCCCAUCAAAAUAAAUUAAAACCCACUGAAGUAGCCGAAACUCGCACUUUGGGGAAUAUUUCACAUACUGUUUAUAUGUCAUAUUUCUCUGCUGGAGGAAGGAAGUGUAAAAUAUUAUUUUUCAUAUUGGUCUGUAUUUUCACACAAGUACUGUCGUCUUUUGGAGACUCCUGGAUAAGUUAUUGGGUUAACUUAGAAGAACACGUUUUCCGUAAUGUAUUACGCGUUGCUGAUAAUAAAUUAAUAUGGUGGUCAAUGUCUAGACAAACUUGCAUUAACGUCUUUUCCGCCACAAUUGUAAUUAUGAUAAUUACAGUUGUAAUUAGGUCAGUCUUAUUUGUAUCCGUCUGCAUGAAAGCUUCGAUGACUUUACAUAACAAUAUGUUUAAGGCAUUAACUAAGGCCACAAUAUAUUUUUUUAAUACAAAUCCUUCUGGGCGUAUUCUUAACCGUUUUUCAAAGGACAUAGGCACUAUUGAUGAUUUAUUACCAUUGACAUUGAUGGAUUGCAUACAAAAUGGAUUGGCAGCUUUGGGAGUAUUUAUCGUUGUUGGAAUCGUUAACGUGUAUAUGACAGUAGCCGCCUUCGUUCUAGGUUAUAUCGUUUACAAAAUAAUGAUUUAUUAUUUAUUAUUAUCACGGAGUGUUAAACGCUUGGAAGGAAUCACACGAAGCCCUGUAUUCACACAUUUGAAUGCAACUUUACAAGGUUUGACAACAAUUAGAGCCUUUGAUGCCGAACAAAUAUUAACCAGCGAAUUCGACAACCACCAAGACUUGCAUUCUUCAGCUUGGUAUUUAUUUAUAUCAUUAAGUAGAGGUUUUGCUUUUUGGUUAGACAUUAUUUGUCUUCUAUACGUUAGUGCAAUUACGUUCAGUUUCGUUGCAAUUGGCAAUGGCGUAUUUGGAGGAAAUGUUGGACUAGCUAUUUCUCAAGCGUUUGCCUUACAAGGAAUGCUUCAAUGGGGUAUGAGGCAAAUGGCCGAAUUAGAGAACAAUAUGACAGCAGUUGAAAGAGUAUUAGAGUAUACAAAUGUUACACAGGAAGAUGCUAUUCAAUCAACAGUAGACAACAAAGAAUCUCCAAAGUGGCCUUCAGAAGGACAAAUUAUAUUCAAAAAUUUUUAUCUACGAUAUGGACCAGAUACAGCAUAUGUUUUAAAUAACAUCAAUAUAAACAUAGAAUCAAUGCAAAAAGUAGGAAUAGUUGGUAGGACUGGAGCAGGAAAAUCUUCUUUAAUUUCAGCCUUAUUUAGAUUAGCUUUUAAUGAAGGUAAUAUCAUUAUCGAUGGUAUAGAAAUUCAUGGACUUGAACUAAAUAAGCUGAGGUCUAAGCUUUCCAUAAUUCCUCAAGAGCCAGUCCUAUUCUCGGGAACAGUGCGAAAAAAUUUAGAUCCAUUUGAUGAGUAUCCAGAUCACAUACUUUGGAAUGCAUUGGAGGAAGUUGAACUUAAAAACGUUAUUGAAGAAUUGCCAAAUGCCCUUGAUUCAAAAAUGUCUGAAAAUGGUUCCAAUUUCAGUGUUGGUCAAAGACAACUAAUAUGUCUUGCUAGAGCUAUAGUCCGAAAUAACAAGAUUCUCGUUUUGGAUGAAGCCACAGCUAAUGUUGAUCCACAGACAGAUGCAUUAAUUCAAAUGACCAUUAGAUCCAAAUUUCGAACAUGUACAGUCUUGACAAUUGCACAUCGUUUGAACACUGUUAUGGAUUCGGACAAGGUCCUGGUUAUGGACAAAGGCAAAAUGGUCGAGUUUGACCAUCCUCAUAAUUUGUUGCAAAAUAAAGAAGGAGUAUUUUACAAAAUGGUGGAACAAACAGGACCGGCUACAUCUGAUGUUUUACACAGAAUAGCUGAAGAGAGUUACCGUGCUCUAAGUUUGGGGACAGAACCAGCAUCUGAAUCUUUUGUCAAUGAAGCUGAUGGCAUUUCAACGAAACAUGUAUAAUAAUAUUUUUACAGUAUCGCGUUAUAAUGUCAUUACACUUACAAGUUACAACCCGAACUAGAUACGUGAACUAGUACAAUUCUAAGUCCUAAAAUAUAUUGACAUAAAAUGUAUUUAACUUAGAAAAUGCGUGAUCACGUAUGACUUUUUGUAUUUUAUUUGGUUAUUUUUAUUUACUAUCUUUCCUAAUAAUUAAGUAGGUGGGUAUUAUAUCGUGGCAAUCGAAAUUGGUACAUAACUUUUUUUCUCGUCUUAUUUCUUUGAAUUAAUGUAAUAUGCUUAGAGACCCCUCCCAUUCGUCAUAUAGGUUUCAUUGGUGUCAUAGGUUUCUUCAAAAUAUCAACUCUGAAAACUGUAAAACUAUAUGACGCCUCUAAAUAAAUUGCUCCAUAAUAAAAUAGACUAUCAUCAGUUAUCAGAGACAAUAAAUCAUAAAUACAGAAGAAAUAAAAACAAUCUUUUUUAUAAAUUAUGUUGAAGCUGAAUAUUUUUUUUCUCCAGAUAAUGUUUUUAAAGCGAUUAAAAAAUUGUACUAAUUUAGAUUUGUCUUAUUAUCCGUGUUAAAUGUAUUAACUUUUCCUAAGAACUAUUAUAUCUAGUACAUGCAUUUGAAUUAUUUAGUAUUUUAAGAAAAUAAUGUAUAAUAGCCUAUACUUUUUGAUAAUUUGUGAAUUAUUGCUACCUAUUGUUACUUUUUUAUUUAUUAGUUAAUGGAAAUAUAAGAAUUAUUAACCAUUAAUAACGAUGGAAUUU